AUAUACGAAAAAACAAGAAAGAUAGAGAAAAAAGCCAGAGAUUGAUGUAAUGUUUAUGUUUUCAAAUUUGGCGCUUAGUUACACCACCAUGACACAUCAGCUGUGCUUGAACUCAACAACAAAAAUAAGGCAAUAAUCAGAGUGACACCAGACAUAGGCAUGGAAGAACCAGUGGAGCAGAAGAAGGAGCAGAAGGAGGAGGAGGAGGAGGAGGUAGUAGAGUGCAGCAACAAGUCAUCCUCCUUUAGGCCAGACACUCCUGAUAGUGAUGAUAGUGACGACUCCUUCCACACCACAUCCGGAGAGGACCCCACAGACCCAUUAAGGUUAGCGGAGCAGCAGGAGCAGGAGGAGGAGGAGGAGGAGGGGGAGGAGAGCCCCUGCUUCACACCAGAACCUGACCCACCCUCUGCUGAGAAGGACAAGGAGGAGGAGGAGGAGGACGAGAGGAAGGAUGCAGCCAAGAAGAAGAACGAGGAGGAGGAGGAGGACGAGGAAUGCUUUGUGGAUGAGGAGCAUUUGAAGGACUUGGAGCUGAGCAUGACAGAGGAGGAGAGGACUGCAAGGAGAGAAGAGAGUCUGCAGCACAAGGAGAGUGGCAACACAAGUUUCAGAGAAGGAAACUUGCAGCAGGCAGUGAUGUCCUACACGGCAGGCCUCAGAAUAUGUCCACUGGCCUUCCCCAAAGACCGUGCUGUGCUCUACGCCAACAGGGCUGCGGCAAGGGCAAAGCUGGACCAGAAGAAGCAAGCCAUCAGGGACUGCAGCCAGGCCAUCGAACUGGACGAGAGCUACACCAAGGCAGUGCUGCGUCGUGCCACUCUCAGCCAGGAGACAGACCAGCUGGAUGAUGCUCUGAGGGACUUCAAACGUGUCUUGGAGCUGCAGCCCUCCAACCAGCAGGCACAGGAGGCCGUCAGGAGGUUGCCGGACAUGAUCACGGAGAGGAAUGAGAAGCUGAAGGAGGAGAUGAUGGGCAAACUCAAGGACCUAGGCAACAUGUUCCUGCGGCCAUUUGGACUCUCCACAUCAAACUUCGAGCUGAAGCAAGACCCGAACUCCGGCGGCUACAACAUAAACUUUAAGCAGAACCCAGACAACAGUCACUAGCGCCCCUGUGAUGCUGUCUUGUGCUGUCUCAGGCGUUAGAUAGGAGAUGUGUGGUGUGUGAGAUGUAACGCCACACUUCCACACAGUUGUGAUGCUCUCCUGGCAUUUAUUUCAACCUGGUGGUCUAAAUAGUGCACUUGCAUUCAUUGUUCUGUGCGCUACAGUGUCUGUGUACAUUUUGCUUCUGUGUAUUUCUAUGACUUCAAGAAAUCCAUUGCUCAUCAAACACUUUCCGUUGCGUAACUUGUAAAGUGAAGAUGUGGUGGUGUGGUGGCCAGAGUGCUUGCCUCCUGAAUGACAGAUCUUAGGUGUGACUCAGCUAGUAGAGUUACCAGACUAUUUCUCAAGCUUCUUGUGGCCUCAUUCACCUGGAAGCAGAGACACAAGCUUUCUUGGCCUGCUGUGUUGACAAAGUGUGCAGCUGUUUCAGUGGGCAGUCACCAUGUCAUCACCAGCCGUAAUAUGCAGCAUCAUUUGCCCUGAAUAGCAAGUGAUGAGACAGCCAUUUGGUUUGCCUUCGUGAUGCUCCAAGAAGUCUCCUCAGCUCUCUUCAAGGCAUCAUUAUUACACUAUUCUCUGUUGGGGGAUGAUGACAGCAGUUUGAUUUUGUCUUUUUGAUGUUCCAAGAAGUCAUUCACUCUGUCCCUGAGUUACCUCCAAGUGGAAAUGAAGGUAGUUUGAUUUGCCUUGAUGUAUUAAGCUACUUCAUCAUUCCUGAGACAUUUAUUAGCAUUGUCAACCUUGCUAUGUAUUAUCUCUUACUUCCAAGCAGAGACGAAGGCUGCAGUGUGAUUUGCCUUAAUGAAUCAGGUCGACAACUCUUCACAGGACUCUUACCUUGCUGUGUAUUAACACCUACCAGAAUCCUGUCACUUGGUAAUGAAGGGGAUUUAACAUUACUCUCUUCAUUGUAUCAGCAUGUGCACUUGGAUAUGGUGUCUAGCCUCACCAGUGCCAGUUUUGUUCAGUUCAGCAGCAGGGGAGGUGAUGAGUGCAUGAAGCUGUUGAGUGCUGUACAUGAUUAUAACUUGUGAAUAUGUUACGUAUGUACUUAGCCUUGAUGCAAAUGUGUGUGUGAUUUAUAUAUCUUCAAACAGAAAGCCA